GAAAGUGGAAGCUAUAAUAGUAGGCAUAGAAGAUUGGCAAACUACAACAUUAGUAGCAAAAAUUGGAAGUCUAGCUCAAGUACCAGUUCUCUCACUUGCUGCAUCACCUCCUAUCACCUCACCAUCCGCGUCACUCCAAUGGCCAUUCCUAGUCUAAAUGUCUCAUAACGCGACUCAACAAGUCCAAAACAUAGCAUCCAUCAUUCAUAGCUACCUUUGGCGUAGGGUCAUUGUAGUGUAUGAAGACCACGUUACCACGAGUUGUGGUAAUUGUGGCACAAUCUCUCUUCUCACUACAUACCUCCAAAACAUCGGAUCUCAAAUCGAACACCACCUUGUUCUUCCACCACUUGGAUCAAUUACCGAUCCUAGAGGUACUAUAAGCGAAGAAUUAUUAAAGUUUGCCAAUGGAAGAUUUUAUUCAAGGGUUUUCAUUGUUCUUAGAGUAUCACUUCCUUAUGUUAGCCUUUUGUUUGAGGAAGCAAAAGGGAAUGGACUAAUGAGGAAUGACUCGGCUUGGAUACUUUCGGAAGCUAUUACUAGUUUUCUUCCCUCAUUGGACAACUCUACCAUGUUAAAUAUGGAAGGUGCUAUAGGAAUUAUGGCCAAGUUUGAUAACUCUACAAAGGGUUUUGAAGUAUUUGAUGCAAAAUUUGGGAUCAAAUUUCUUCAAGCAUUUGAAAAAGAACGGUAUUAUGAGCCGAGUUCUCAAAAUCUAAUUGCAUAUGAUGCUAUCACAACAAUUAUCAAGGCUAAGCAAAGCCUUAGUAACAACAUUGGUGAUCAUAUUGUUACAUCUAAGAGCUUCCUCAACGAAAUUUUACGAAGUAAUUUUUCAGUGAAUACUAGCACAAGACUAGUGAACAUUGCUAGUUCAAAUUACCAAGAAGUAUUGGAUUUUAGUAGUGAUGAUAUUGAGGAUGAGGAUACCGCGAAAACACUAGCAAGUGUAAUAAAAUGGCCAGGGGACUUGACGGGUGCCAUUCCAAAGGGAUGGGCGAUGCCAACAAGCUCAAAACCUAUGAGAAUUGGAGUUCCGAUUGCUCAUAAUUACUAUAACUACAUCAGUUAUAAUGGGAGUAGAGCUCUUGAUGGCGAUUUUUGUUUAACAAGACAUGUUCCGAAUUCACUCCAUAAUACAAAUUUUAGUGGCUUAAGUGUUCGUCUUUUCGAUGAGGUGCAACAAAACUUGGAUUAUAGACUACCUCAUGUGUUCAUUCCAUACAAUGGCUCAUUUGAUAAUCUUAUUAAACUUGUGCAUAACAAGGUAACUUAUUUUUUUUCUCCAAUUGGAAAAAAUUGUAGUAAAAUGGAAGUCAAUUUUUUUAAUAAAAUGUUUUUUUUUUUUUUGCAGUGUUUUGAUGCUGCAAUUGGUGAUAUAACAAUAUUAGGAAGGCGAAUGGAACUUGUAGAUUUCACUCUUCCAUUUGAAGAAUCAGGAUUAUCCAUCAUUCGGCCUGCAUCCAAAUCUUACAAUUCUCACGGUCCUUGGAUAUUUUUGAAGCCCUUCACGUCGAAAAUGUGGCUAGUAACGUUCUUCAUAUUCGUGUACAAUAUGAUUAUCAUAUGGGCUUUGGAGCGUGGAAACAACCCCGAGUUCAGAGGAACAUGGACAAAUCAGCUUUGUGCAAUAGCUUGGAUUUUCUUUCCUCUUUCCCAUCUUAAUACUACCGAAAUUUCUCCCUUUAUUUGGGAGGAAAUUUCCUCCAAACUAGCAAGAGUGGUGGUGAUAAUGUGGUUUUUCAUGAUAAUGAUAUUGACCUCAAGUUAUACUGCCAAUCUCACCUCCAUGAUCACUAACGAUCGACUCAAUCGGACAUCAAUCGACGUUGAGAUGCUGCAAAGAACCAAUGCUAAAGUUGGUUAUGAUAAAUCAUCAUUUGUAAACACAUUUUUGCAAGAUCUGCUUAAGUUUAAUUCUACAAACAUAAUUCCCAUGGAAGCAAAGUUUGAGGAUAUUCACAUGGAAUUGCAAGCAAGAAACAUUUCAGCAGCAUGCCUUGAGUACCCUUAUGCGCAGCUCUUUGUCACAAAGUUUUGCAAUGAAUACAUUAUGACCAAUCCAAUCCACAGAUUUGGCGGCUUCGGAUUUGUUUUUCCCAAGGGUUCUCCAAUUACAGAUGAUGUUUCUAAGGCUAUACUAAACCUUACAGAACUUAAUCAUCUCAAACAACUGGAGAAAACUUACUUAAAUAUAUGUAGCGAUUGCACCAGUACUGCCGAAGACUCUGAUAACAGUAAUGAUGGUAAACAAAGCAGUUUAAGCAUAGAAAGCUUUCAAGUUCUGUUCUACGUUUCAGGAGCAGCAACUAGUAUUUGUUUAUUAGCAUCUUUUAUUCCCUUGUCCAGAAAAUUCUUUAAAAGGAUGGCAACUCGAGAAAUAGCUCCUAGUAAUUAA